GUAAGUAACGCUCAUCUGUAUCACCGGAUUGGUUAGUAACGCUCAUCUGUAUCGGCCUAAUUUGUUGGCGCUAAUAUAGUAACCGAAGGUAACCGAAUGCAUCUUAUGUCUGCAUCUCUGUGUACCUCACUGAGUUUAACUGAUGAUCACAAACCUAAUUAAUGGAUUUAUUUAUUUGUUCUUGUGUUUCUCAUUUACACCUAGAAAUCUGAAUAUGACCAUGCGGUGUGGAGCAUGAGAAAUAUACUCAUUUGAAUUACAUAUUAUGCAGUUUGUAUUAGGUUUGAGAAGUAUGCUUCCUUACUUUUAGAAGUGUAAAGUCCAGCCUUUUCAAAACAGUGCAGAUAGCUGUUUAUAAAGAGCUCUGACUUCUUAUUUCCCAAAAGUAUUAAUUUUUUCAAAAGUAUGACCAUCUCAUGUAGGACUCACGAGAGACGAUCUUACAGUAGACCUACUUGUUCUCCAUUAGCAGUUUGGUUUGUCUAGUGUUUCGUGCAGUUUGUGUACUGAAAUUCAAAAGACUAUUAAUAAUUAGGAAUUCUUGUGUUUAGACUCCCGUGGAUGGCGGAUGAAGAAGGCAAAGAAAAUGCUCCCAAAGAGUGGGAGGUCGUGUCACUCACUGCAUCAGCAUAUGCUGCUGCCCCUGGACCCGAAGAGCCCGACCCGACCCAAGAAAGCCCGGAUAAUUUAGGCUCAAAGCCCGAGGCUGAAUCUUCGAGCCCCUUGUUCAUGUCCAGACACUUUGUCUUUCCUCCUAGCCAGCACGAAAAUUUGCCCCUCGAACCCGAAUUAAUUGUUCCUCAGUUGGAUAGAGAAGGAGAUGUUGAAUCGGAAGUGAUGGACGAUGAAGAUCCCCAUUUUUAUGAUAAAGAUGUGACCUUUGAGAAUGCACAGAGCAUUUACAGCUAUGAGGAGGGGCUUAGUAACGUGGAGAGUGAGGGGACUGGUGAUUUGGACAAUUCUCCCGAUAGUGCCUUGGGUUCGGGCCCGCAAGAUAUAAUACAGAAGCCCGUGGAGGAAGAUGAACAUGAUGAUGAGGGCAUUCCUUCCAUAGCUUGGUGGAAAAGAAGGGCUGUUUCUAUGUAUGCCCAUGUGAAAGAAGCGAAUACGUUUUGGUCGGUUUUUAUUGCGGCAGCUAUCAUGGGGCUCGUCGUUAUCGGUCACAGGUGGCAGCAGGAGAGUUGGAAGGUUUUGCACUUCAAGCGGCAGUUUGGUAUUAAUGAUGAGAGAGAGCAUGAGGUUGGGCAGGAUGCUGGGCCCCAUAACUCGAUUCAAAGAUGUGAUUGUGGGUGGCCACAGACGAGGCUCGCUCGUCCGAGGAAGCACGUCGACCGAACACUAGAGAUGAUGACGACAAGUUAAUUGUAUUUCGAGCGAAACUAUAUGUAUGUACUUUCACUUGGAUUGAAUAUCCUCACAGUGUGCUUCUACACAGCAAUAUACAUUAUAUUGUGUAAUGAUUUGGCGUCGUGAGGUGCAGAACUUGGAAUAUUGUUUGCGCGGAUAUUUGGAACGUUUUCAUAUGCAUGUGACAACAUCUUUACAUACGAAAUACGAAAUUCUGCGCGAAUCGUGUUUUUUUUUUUUUCUUUUCCUC